UUCAAAGCAACCGUCAAUUAUUUAUGAUUUCAAAGCGAAGGACCAAAGGAAAAAGGUACACCGACCUAAUCGGUAUGAUACUGGCCCACUCUCGCGACAAUGAGUGCAAUGCCAGAGAUACACCUAUCCCAGCCUCCCCCGGACUACGCCAAUCAGAAUGUCCAACAUGACGAUAACGAAAAGUCCCCAGACGGCUCUGCGAACAUCUCACCCUCACAUACGACCAGCUCGGACGAUAUCGCAUACCACUACCUCGAAUUCGAAACGCCAAUUCCUCGCCCGUCCUACCUUUCGUCUCCCUACGAUUUAAGGACGACCCCACCAGCAGAACCGGACCUCAAGAAAUAUGAGUCGCCAUUCAAAUGGUCAAGGAGGAGGAAGCAGGCGAUAACUUGGCUAUCAUGUCUUGCGACGACAGUGACUGCAUACGCAGCUGGUAGUUAUACUGCCGGCGAUGCGCAGAUGGAGGAGGAAUGGGGCGUGUCCCGUGUGGCCAUCACGGUGGGAGUCACCAUCUUCACUACCGGAUUUGCGAUUGCUCCGAUGAUUCUGGCUCCUUUUUCUGAGAUCAAUGGACGUCGACCCAUGUUCGUGGUUACUGGUAUCCUCUACGUCAUCUUCCAAGUUUGCUGUGCUGUCACAAGGUCUUAUGGUGGCAUGCUCAUCUCACGAUUCCUCAAAGGUUGUGCGUCAAGUACGUUCAGCACUAUGGUAGGUGGUGUGGUCAGCGACAUCUACCACGCCGAGGACCGCAACACUGCAAUGGCGCUCUUCUCCGGCGCGGCUCUCUUUGGAACAGGACUAGGACCUCUAGUGUCGUCCUUCAUAGCGUAUCACACAACAUGGAGAUGGAUCUUCUAUCUACAAGUCAUCACCUGUGGCACAGUCCAGAUCCUAGUCAUUCUGUUCUUCAAGGAGACUCGAGGAUCAGUGCUGUUGUCCAAGAAGGCCAAAUGCCUCAACAAGUAUUAUGACGAACUAGAAGCGGCAGGAUUUGUUGGAGUUGACAUGCCGCACGAUUCCAAUCCGAGCAAGACUACUAUCCAAAGAAUACGAUGGAAGGUCAAGAGCGACGAGGAGCGUGCCAGUCUCUUGCAGAUGAUAAAGAUCUCCCUCUUCCGACCUUUCCAUCUCCUCUUCACAGAGCCCGUGGUGUUUUUCUUCAGCUUGUGGGUGGCCUUCUCCUGGGCAAUCCUGUACUUGACCUUCUCAGCCAUUCCCGUCAUCUUCACAGCUUCCCACAACUUCAACCUCUACGAAAAUGGCUCCGUCUUCUCUGCUAUAAGCGUCGCCUCCAUAAUCUCAACCAUCAUCUCGAUCCUGGGUGACAAGUGGAUGAAACGGCGCUUUCCACACCUGGGAGAUUCUCCAGAGGGUCGAUUAUACCUGACUUGCGCGCAGAGCAUCUUGUUACCUGUGGGUCUCUUCUGGCUCGCGUGGACAUCAGGCAGUAAUGUCCAUUGGAUCGUUCCCACCCUCGCCAUCGGCUGCGCUACCAUGGGUAUCUUCAGUAUCUACCUCGCCGUCUUCAACUACUUAGCCGAUACAUAUCAUCGCUACGCCAGUUCCGCUCUCGCGGCACAAAGUUUCUGCAGGAACAUGCUGGGAGGAGCAUUUCCUCUGUUUGUACCGCAAAUGUUCAGAGCGAUGACAUUUCAGGGCGCGGGUAGUCUGUUGGGAGGUAUCGGGGCGGUGUUGACGUUGGUGCCUUUUGCGCUCUUGAUAUGGGGACCUAAAAUUAGAGCGAGGAGUAAAUUUGCCAGUGAGAUUAUGGAGAAAUAAAUGGUCCAUACAAUAUUCAUAGAUGCGAAAACAUGAUUUCCCCAAUCCGAAUAUUGCUAUGCGUGAUUUGUGUCAACGUGACAGUAGAGAUGGGAGCGAGUUCACUUGACCCACACAGCACGGAUGAAGUUGGAACACAUGAAACAUGUCAAAAGUGGUAUUGAA